GGGCUCCGCCGGGGCGGCUCUGGGGUCGCCCACCCUCGGGGUGUCACUCUGCAGUCGCCCAGUUUUCCACCGAGGAUCAAGGGGGGGAAGGGCAGCAGGAUCCGGAGGAGGCCCCGCGGCCACGCCGCCACCGCCACGAAGACACGCCGGGCUCGGGGCACGCGGCGAGCUGGAGACCGAGCUCCCCGGCCGGGACCACCCGGGCGGCAGCGGGUAGUCCGUGGCGCCUCCGGGUAACCCUGUGGCCGCAGCAGUGGCGGCCGGAGCAGGCUGCGCGGGGUUCCAGCCGCUGGAGGAGGCUCCGGGGCGAUCGGGGUGACCGGCGCCCAGGCGGUCCAGUGCCUCGUGUGUUCUUAUUUGUUCACCUCUGACUAUGCAAUUCUGAAGCCUCCCCCAUUCGGGGGACCCGGCAGCCCGACCGACACCUUCCACCCGCCUCGCGCCCUGGUCUCAAAGCACAGAAGGAUCGCUCCCUAACGCCUUUCACCAUUAAGAGGAAAGCGAUGGAGGAGCUGAGCGCUGAUGAGAUCCGGCGGAGGCGCCUGGCUCGACUUGCUGGUGGACAGACCUCCCAACCGACCACCCCGCUCACCUCUCCCCAGAGGGAGAACCCUCCGGGGCCCCCUAUAGCGGCAUCAGCCCCCGGCCCCUCCCAGAGUCUUGGUCUCAAUGUCCACAACAUGACCCCAGCUACCUCCCCAAUAGGUGCAUCAGGAGUAGCCCAUCGAAGCCAGAGCAGUGAAGGAGUCAGUUCUCUCAGCAGCUCGCCCUCCAAUAGCCUUGAAACGCAAUCGCAGUCUCUCUCACGUUCCCAGAGCAUGGAUAUAGAUGGUGUCUCUUGUGAGAAAAGCAUGUCCCAGGUGGAUGUGGAUUCAGGAAUUGAAAACAUGGAAGUUGAUGAAAAUGAUCGAAGAGAAAAAAGGAGCCUCAGCGACAAGGAGCCGUCGUCGGGUUCUGAAGUAUCUGAAGAGCAGGCCUUGCAGCUGGUCUGUAAGAUCUUUCGUGUCUCCUGGAAGGACCGGGACAGAGAUGUCAUCUUUCUUUCUUCUCUUUCUGCACAAUUUAAGCAGAACCCAAAAGAAGUGUUCUCUGAUUUUAAGGACUUGAUUGGCCAGAUUUUAAUGGAAGUGCUAAUGAUGUCCACUCAGACUAGAGAUGAAAACCCGUUCGCCAGUCUGACAGCCACGUCACAGCCAAUUGCCGCGGCAGCUCGGUCACCCGACAGAAAUCUCACGCUAAAUACUGGCUCGGUCCCCGGAACGAGUCCCAUGUUCUGCGGUGUGGGUUCCUUCGGCGCCAGCUCUUUGUCUAGCCUCUAUGAAACUAGCCCCGCCCCCAGCGCGAGCUUCUGGAGCUCUGUGCCGGCCAUGAGCCUGCCCUUUGCCUCCCCCUCCGGGGCGGCCAGCCACGUGGCUGUACCUUCCAUUUCCCUCAGUGCUCAUGGCCCGGCCCCCGGGACUGCGGCGGGAAGCCAGCCGCCAUCGCCAUCGCUGCGGUAUCGCCCCUACACUGUCACCCACCCCGGGGGCCCUUCAGCCUCUCCUGCCCCGAGGUCCCCAGGCCUCUCCCUUCCGUCUAGCUCCCCGAGCCUCCCCGCCCUCGCUAGUAGCCCUCAAGCCGUGCCGGCCAGCUCUUCCCGACAGAGGGCCGCCAGCACGGGGCCAGCCUUCCUGCCCGCCUCACCCAGUGCCCUGAGCAGACGCCCCUCCUCCCUCAGGACCUCUCCUAGUUUUGGAGCCUGUGGUGGGGCAGGUUCUUGGGAUUCCUACAGUGACCAUUUCGCCAUUGAGACCUGCAAGGAGACAGAUAUGCUGAACUACCUCAUCGAGUGUUUUGACCGAGUUGGAAUAGAGGAAAAAAAAGCACCAAAGAUGUGCAGCCAGCCAGCGGUCAGCCAGCUUCUGAGCAACAUCCGCUCACAGUGCAUAUCCCACACUGCGCUAGUACUGCAAGGCUCCCUCACCCAGCCCAGGUCCAUGCAGCAGCCAUCCUUCCUGGUGCCGUACAUGCUGUGUAGGAACCUCCCAUACGGCUUCAUUCAAGAGCUGGUGAGAACCACUCACCAGGAUGAAGAAGUGUUCAAGCAGAUCUUUAUCCCCAUUUUGCAAGGCCUGGCGCUUGCUGCCAAAGAGUGCUCCCUUGAGAGUGACUACUUCAAAUACCCCCUCAUGGCUUUGGGUGAGCUCUGCGAAACCAAGUUUGGGAAGACACACCCCGUGUGCAAUUUGGUCGCUUCCUUGCCGUUGUGGUUGCCUAAGUCCCUCAGCCCUGGGUCCGGGCGGGAGCUGCAGAGACUCUCCUAUUUGGGGUCUUUUUUUAGCUUCUCAGUCUUCGCAGAAGAUGAUGCUAAAGUGGUUGAAAAAUAUUUCUCAGGGCCUGCUAUUACCCUGGAAAAUACUCGAGUGGUUAGCCAAUCAUUGCAGCAUUACUUGGAGCUGGGAAGGCAAGAGCUUUUCAAGAUUCUGCAUAGUAUUCUGUUAAAUGGUGAAACCCGGGAGGCCGCCCUUGGUUACAUGGCGGCUGUCGUCAAUGCCAAUAUGAAAAAAGCACAGAUGCAGACAGAUGACAGAUUGGUUUCUACAGAUGGAUUUAUGCUGAAUUUUCUCUGGGUGCUGCAGCAGCUAAGUACAAAGAUCAAGUUAGAGACGGUUGACCCCACGUAUAUAUUCCACCCGAGGUGUCGGAUCACUCUGCCCACCGAUGAGACCAGAGUGAACGCCACGAUGGAGGAUGUGAAGGACUGGCUGGCGGAACUCUAUGGAGAUCAGCCUCCCUUUUCUGAGCCGAAAUUCCCUACGGAAUGCUUCUUUCUUACGCUGCACGCCCACCACCUCUCUAUCCUGCCAAGUUGCCGUCGCUAUAUCCGCAGACUCCGGGCCAUCCGGGAGCUCAAUAGAACCGUGGAAGAUUUGAAAAAUAACGAAAGCCAAUGGAAAGAUUCCCCCCUGGCAACUAGACACCGUGAAAUGCUGAAGCGCUGCAAAACUCAGCUUAAGAAACUGGUACGAUGCAAGGCCUGCGCUGACGCUGGUUUACUUGACGAGAGCUUCCUGCGAAGAUGUCUGAAUUUUUAUGGCCUUCUCAUUCAGCUGCUGCUCCGCAUCCUGGACCCUGCCUACCCCGAUGUAACACUGCCUUUAAGUUCAGACGUCCCCAAGGCGUUUGCAGCAUUGCCUGAGUUUUAUGUAGAAGAUAUUGCUGAAUUUUUAUUUUUUAUUGUACAAUACUCGCCUCAGGUGCUCUACGAGCCCUGCACUCAGGAUAUUGUGAUGUUCCUCGUUGUGAUGUUGUGCAACCAGAACUACAUCCGCAAUCCGUACCUGGUGGCCAAACUGGUAGAAGUCAUGUUUAUGACCAACCCUGCUGUUCAGCCACGAACGCAGAAGUUCUUUGAAAUGAUUGAGAACCAUCCUCUCUCCACCAAACUGUUGGUCCCUUCCCUGAUGAAGUUUUAUACAGAUGUCGAGCAUACCGGAGCGACCAGCGAGUUCUAUGACAAGUUCACCAUUCGCUAUCACAUUAGCACCAUCUUUAAAAGCCUUUGGCAGAACAUAGCUCACCACGGCACCUUCAUGGAGGAGUUCAACUCUGGGAAGCAGUUUGUUCGCUAUAUAAACAUGCUGAUCAAUGACACGACGUUUUUGCUCGAUGAAAGUCUGGAGUCCUUGAAGCGGAUCCACGAGGUGCAAGAGGAGAUGAAGAACAAAGAACAGUGGGAGCAGCUGCCCCGGGACCAGCAGCAGGCCCGGCAGUCCCAGCUGGCUCAGGACGAGCGGGUGUCACGCUCCUAUCUUGCCCUGGCAACGGAAACCGUGGACAUGUUCCACAUCCUCACGAAGCAGGUCCAGAAGCCCUUCCUCAGGCCAGAACUUGGACCCCGAUUGGCUGCAAUGCUGAACUUUAAUCUUCAGCAACUCUGUGGUCCCAAGUGCCGUGACCUGAAAGUCGAAAACCCCGAGAAAUAUGGCUUUGAACCAAAGAAGCUGUUGGACCAACUGACGGAUAUUUACUUGCAGCUGGAUUGUGCGCGGUUCGCUAAAGCCAUCGCUGACGACCAGAGAUCCUACAGCAAAGAGUUGUUUGAAGAAGUUAUUUCGAAGAUGCGGAAGGCGGGGAUCAAAUCCACAAUUGCGAUAGAGAAGUUUAAACUCCUCGCCGAGAAGGUGGAGGAGAUAGUGGCCAAGAACGCGCGCGCCGAGAUCGACUACAGCGACGCUCCGGACGAGUUCCGAGACCCUCUGAUGGACACCCUGAUGACUGACCCCGUGCGGCUGCCCUCCGGCACCAUCAUGGACCGCUCCAUCAUUCUGCGGCACCUGCUCAACUCCCCCACGGACCCCUUCAACCGGCAGACGCUGACCGAGAGCAUGCUGGAGCCAGUGCCAGAACUGAAAGAACAGAUUCACGCCUGGAUGAGAGAGAAGCAGAACAGUGAUCAUUAAACGUCCCUCGCCCACCCUCUGCUCGCAGCAGCCACGGCCGGCGAGGCAAGCAGAAGCAGCAUCGGUGGUGAAAUGCUCUUCAAAUGUGGAGGCCAGGCGUGGCGAAGACACCGAGAGCCCCCCCAACGCGACCAAGCGGUGGCCAUCUGCAAGGACAUGAACGAGAAGGAGCCCAAUUCCUGUAUAUAUAUUUAAGUGACAAAACUGGUCAAAAGCGUGAGGGACACACUGAUUGAUUGCUGGUGUAAUGCAGCACGUCCUUCGUAUGUCACAAUUUGGGGCUUUUGCAGCGGAAGUUUUUUAGUGAUUGAUAAUGAAUGGGUUUGGGCAGCAUCCCCUCCAUCUUUUUUUUUUUUUUUUCUAAAUCCAAUCUCCAUUGAUUUAAUUGUGAUUAGAGAACCUUGGACAUUUUGCUGCUAAAGAAUCUUUCCCCUUCCCUUCCUCUCCUGCCCCUACAUGCACUGCUGUGGAUUUUUUUAAGAGAAACGAAAACAAAAAUAAAUUCCUUUCCCUGGCUCUCCAAACAUAUAUUCUGUGAGAUAACUGUGCCUGCAACAAAGUGUUAAUCCUGGGAUCGUAUUUUUAUAUCAUAUUCACAUACUUGUUUUUUUAAUUGGUGUUAGAUGACAUGAUUAAUAAAAAAGGCAAGAUAUUUUCAGAAUUUGAAUUUCAGUUUUUAUUUUUAUUUUGAAAUGGCCCUUAAAAUUUUUUUUUUUUUAAUUCUAAGCAAAAUGAAGAGAAUUCUGUUGCUCUGGUCCUUGUCAUAAACCCUCUCUAGGAACCUAAGGAGCAGCUGCAGCAAAGGGAAUGCUUAAGUCUAUCAGGAUUAAAUGACUUAGGGUUUGGGGGGAAGGGAGGUUGGUGUUUUUAAUGCUUCGUGACAGUUUGAAACCUUUACAGUUAUCCUAUGAGGAGGGUCCAUAAAUUCCUCAACUCUUGGGUCUGUGAGUUCAAGGCAGGGGUCAUGUACAUGAUGUGUCCUUUGGGGCUUGGCCUUACCAAAGCAAAAAAGGGGUGCCAGAAAUGUGGAGAGAUGUCUGCUUGUAAAAACACACACAGGCAAACACCCACACACGCGCACAAAAACAUAAGACUUUUUGUAUUACCGCUCCCUACUUAACAUACUUGAAUUCUCGAAUUUCCUUUGGGGUAAAAAAGGAUUUGAAACCAUAAAGUGUUUUUGAAGAAAUUAAGUCUACAAAAACUUUCUUUUUCUUUUCCUUUUUUCCCCCCUCCCCUCCACAGACAAUGUCUUCUGUUCAUUUCCUAAUGCAAACUACAAUAAAUGGUGAUACACAUUUAGAAGGCA